AUGCAAGGGAACCACGGACAGUCCUUGACGCAGUCCGGACUUCGUCCCGCAGCCAUCUCCGGCCCUCCGCAAGGCCAGCAACACUCACAUAUCCCACAGCCAGGAGGCAGCGCACCCAAUGCAUUGUCUGCCUCGCAGCAGGCCCACGCUUGGGACCUGUACGCGGAAGCCACGAGCAAGGCACGUCAGGGCGGUUACCAGGUCCAUCGGGCUCCUCAGGACACCGCGCACCAGCUCAGAGCGUUCAGCACGCGCCUCACGGCUACACUCACCGCGAAUCUCCAGCCGGACCCGGCCCUGCGCGGCCUGCGUCUCUGUCCCACCCACAACACGCUCCCUAUCCUCCGCCGCAAUACCACUCUAACCACUACGGGCAACUGA